AGAAGCAUACUUGUGCUGGGAGAAAGAUAUGGAACAUUGGUUUGAUUCUAACCAAGUCCAUGAAGAGGAUAAGACAGCCAUUGCCGAAGACACUCUCACUGAAGAUGCCUUUAGAAAGUGGGAACAAGAUGCUUACUGGCGACUUGCCUAUGAUGAACCAGAAGCUACUUGGCAAGAAAUGAAAGAACUCUUGUAUGAAGAAUAUGUGAAAGGAGCUGGAGAUGAGCUGUUGAAUCAGAUACGGGUCUAUACUAAUCUUGAACCAAGGCGGCUGAUAUUGGCAAAAAGGCCAAAUCGAAAGGCUAAGCUCAAAAAUGCUCACGACCUAAAGCUACACCAGGAGUCUACACUCAUCAUCAAGGGAGCAACCGAGCAUACAACAGCAGCAAGGGCCAGUGCCGUGCAAGGAGUUCCAACUCCACAAGCCAAAACUCGAGAGCUAAGUACAAAGCCAUUGCCUAAGUUCCAUGAGAAGAAGAAACCAAGCUGAUUAUGCAGGUCUAAAUAAGGACCAGGAGGACGUGGUUUCAAGGUUAAAACAAGAAGAAAUCAUCCCUGAACCUGACGCACAAGAAGGACUUAAACCAGCCACUAGAAAUCCAUUGAAACUAGUAGAUGUUUCGGUCCAAGCACAUGAGGAGGUACAAAAUAAUUUAAAUAAAUUAGUGUGCUCUGUUUAUGAUUCUUCCAAGGCUACCAUGAUAUGCUUGUCUAGUCCCAAAAGGUGUGACACAGGUAUAUCAUUUAGCAAAGGACCUAUGAAGCAAAAGAAGGUGAUUUUAAAGAGAGAUGACAAGGCACCACCAAAAGAGCCAUCUUUGCUUAAACACCUCUCUGGAAAAGAUGGCACUACGACCAGUAGCAUCUUACUUCAGGAAGAACCCCCAGACCAGUCACCAAACAGACUGGCCGUGCCAUUGGAUGCACCAAUCAAGCUUCCAAAUCAGGUAAGUGCAACUAUCCUUUGUUUGAUAAUCAAUUAUUUGGAUAUUAUGCAUACUGAUUUAUUAUGCCCUGAUAAGUUUGAAGAAAGACUAGGAUGCUUAGAAAAUUAUGUAGAACAUAAUCCUUGUCUUAGAUCCCACUUAGACAAGAAGCAAGAAAAUUUUUCAUCUACUGAAAUUGGAACUCAUCAAACCGAUUUAUAUGUUGAAUAUCCCAUGACUGCCAUAACACACUUGUCUUUUGCAAAAGAAGUUGAGUUUAUGACAGGAACAAACGCUGAAAAUUCUGGAGAUAUUUCCAAGGCUAAGUUCACACCAGGCCGGACCAGAGGGAUUAUCCUAUCCUAUCUGUUCAAAGAAGAACCACCAGAUGCACCAUGCAUCACUAAAUCAAAAUCCAACCAAGGUAAGUCCUUAGACUCCCAAAAGAGGAUGAAAGCUGACUUGCUCUAUCUUGGUGCAGGUUAUACAGUUUCGAGGUCGAAACCUUUUCAAGGGGGAGGGAAUGUUACAGGACAGAAACCGUACCUGAACCGAAGCUCAGCCAGAUAAGCAACAACUGCCACAACUGCCUCAAUAGAGCUACCCGCGACCAAGGGUCAUUCAAAGAAGUGCAUCUUAACAACCAUAAGGAAGUUUGGCAUGAAACAAAUUUUAACAGAAGGCCAGCUCAACCAUUCAUCACUGGAGCUUGGAAUUACAAGAAAAUCUUCACGGAGGAAGAAGUUAUGAAUUUUAUAAGUUGGAGGUUUCCCAGCCCGUUCAGUUGCGAGUAUCAGCCUUUAGAAGAGGAUUUCAACCCAACCAUGAAGCGGCCUUCUACAGAUUCAAGCAUGGGCUUCAAGAGUAGUGUCUUAGCUUUCCAGGAAGCCCGAAAUCAGAAGAAUUGGUCAAGGGAAAACCAAGAUGCAAUCAAUUUCCUAAAACCGGCCAAACCGACAUCAAUUUGGGAAAGUUUCCAACCAACUCGAUUUGGUCUGACCCAAGCCUAUCCAUGGAAACCAGGAGAUACUCUAGACCAUUCAGAAGACAUCCAAGACGUCCAUAGAUGCACCAGCACCCAGAGGAUCAGGCGGAUUCUCCUUACCAUCUACUUUCCAUAUCCGGCCACACCAUAUGCAUUCAAGGAAAGUUGUCUCCACUUAAUGAGCAAGGACCAACGGCUCUAUUCCUUUGAACCAGAAGAAACCAAGAUCCUUAAGAGUUUAAUCAGCAGCCAGAGACUCCUAUUUCGUGGAUACUUCUCCAAGAUAUCAAGAUACAAGAUCAGUCUACUCCAAAGGCAACAAAUCAGCCUAACGGCUAGUUCUCAUGGAGCCAUCAAAGCCAUUGACUCCAAGCAUUUUAUUUCGAUUUAUUUUUUUUCCUUAGUUCAUUUUCAGACUGUUAGAGAGUCCUUGGUCGAGCCUAUAAAGCUCUAGUCUUUGUUUCAUUGUAAAGCACCCUUGAUCAUUUUUAAAGUAAUAAGAAAUCGUUUUCUUUUAACAAAGUUGUGUAUUCUUUGUUGUUCUUUCUCUAGUUCUUUGUGUGUGAUUCACUAAGUCCUAAAGAAGCCACGUCCAGAGAGCCUUGUGUGAUUCAAGACCAUCUGUUCGUCCAUUGAUUGAGAGAGUCAAUCCAUAUCCAUCUAUCCACUCCAUCCAUCGAUCCAGCUUGGAAGAGAUACAUAUCAAGCAAGCCGGAAUCCAUCUUCAGUCAUCUAACCAACCACUGAUCCUUGUUGAGAGAGACACACGCCCAGCAACAAAGAUCCCAUCAUCCAUCUUUCUAUCCUUCUUAUUUGAUUUGUUUUCAAUUUCCAUAUCAUUUAGUUUUGAAUCAUAAAAAUCAUAUUUGCUUCAGUUCAUCAUUUGUCAUAUAGUUUGUUUUAUGUUCUUCAUAUAAAUCCAUAAAAAAUCAUAAAAAAGUUCAUCUUUUGUUUCAGAUACAAAUCAGCCGGUCUAAUCCUCCAUCGCAGCCGCCCAGCCGAACGUCCGUCCGUCCUAUCUGUCCAAACCGAUCAAAAACCAAACCUCAGUCAAGCCAUCCGUGUAGUCUGAAUCCCAGCCUGCAACAGUGGCUGUCCAUCAGUACAUAUAUCAGCACGUUGGUCCUUGGACUCAGCACGCUGACCCUUCCAGUGGACUGUUUGGGUGAUUUUGGCCCACGUGAGCUGUCUGUUCUGUACACACAGGACGUCCGUGGGUGUCCGUCAGCACACACAGGAUGUCCGUGUGAGUCCGUCAGCUCACAUAGGACGUCUGU